AUGGCGUCCGCGUGCGGGGCGCCGGGCCCCGGGGGCGCCGGGCAGGGGGCGGCCCUGGGCAGCCCGGCCCCCGCCUGGUACCACCGCGACCUGAGCCGCGCCGCCGCCGAGGAGCUGCUGGCCCGCGCAGGCCGCGAUGGCAGCUUCCUGGUCCGAGACAGCGAGAGUGUGGCGGGAGCCUUCGCGCUCUGCGUGCUGUAUCAGAAGCAUGUACACACGUACCGAAUCUUACCUGAUGGCGAAGACUUCCUGGCUGUGCAGACCUCGCAGGGCGUACCUGUGCGCCGCUUCCAGACACUGGGCGAGCUCAUCGGCCUGUAUGCGCAGCCUAACCAGGGCCUUGUAUGCGCCCUGCUGCUGCCAGUGGAACGGGAGCGAGAGCCAGAAUCCCCCGAUGACCGUGAUGCCUCAGAUGGGGAGGAUGAGAAGCCCCCACUGCCUCCACGUUCUGGCUCCACCAGCAUUUCUGCCCCCGCCGGGCCCAGCAGCCCCCCACCAGCCCCUGAGACCUCCACCACAACAACUGCUGAGAGCGCUCCCAAUGGGCUGAGCACUGUCUCACAUGAAUACCUGAAAGGUAGUUACGGGCUGGAUCUGGAGGCAGUGCGGGGCGGAGCCAGCCACCUGCCACACCUCACCCGCACCCUUGCCACUUCUUGCCGCAGGCUGCACAGUGAGGUAGACAAGGUACUGUCUGGCCUGGAGAUCCUGUCCAAGGUGUUUGAUCAACAGAGCUCCCCCAUGGUGACCCGCCUCUUGCAGCAGCAGAACCCCGCACAGACUGGGGAGCAAGAACUAGAGAGCCUGGUGCUGAAGUUGUCAGUGCUCAAGGACUUCCUGUCAGGCAUCCAGAAGAAGGCUCUGAAGGCCCUACAGGACAUGAGCUCUACUGCUCCUCCCACCCCGAUGCAGCCAUCCACACGGAAGGCUAAGACGAUCCCAGUGCAGGCCUUUGAGGUAAAGCUGGAUGUGACGCUGGGUGACCUGACCAAGAUUGGGAAGUCCCAGAAGUUCACACUGAGCGUGGAUGUGGAGGGGGGGCGGCUAGUGCUGCUGCGGAGACAGCGGGACUCGCAGGAAGACUGGACCACCUUCACACAUGACCGCAUCCGCCAGCUCAUUAAGUCUCAGCGUGUCCAGAACAAGCUGGGCGUCGUAUUCGAGAAGGAGAAGGACCGGACCCAGCGUAAGGACUUCAUCUUUGUUAGUGCCCGGAAGCGGGAGGCCUUCUGCCAGUUGCUGCAGCUCAUGAAGAACAAACACUCCAAGCAAGAUGAACCUGACAUGAUUUCUGUCUUCAUUGGCACCUGGAACAUGGGCAGUGUUCCACCUCCAAAGAACGUGACAUCUUGGUUCACCUCAAAGGGUCUGGGUAAGACCCUGGAUGAGGUCACAGUGACCAUACCCCAUGACAUCUAUGUCUUUGGGACUCAGGAGAACUCUGUGGGUGAUCGCGAGUGGCUGGACCUGCUUCGCGGGGGCCUCAAGGAGCUCACUGAUCUGGAUUACCGCCCGAUUGCCAUGCAGUCGCUGUGGAACAUCAAGGUGGCAGUACUGGUCAAGCCAGAACAUGAGAACCGCAUCAGCCAUGUGAGCACAUCCAGUGUGAAGACUGGCAUCGCCAACACACUAGGAAACAAAGGAGCUGUGGGUGUCUCCUUCAUGUUCAAUGGCACCUCAUUUGGCUUUGUAAACUGCCACCUCACCUCAGGGAAUGAGAAGACAGCCAGGCGGAACCAGAACUACCUGGACAUCCUGCGACUGCUCUCCCUGGGUGACCGGCAGCUCAGCGCUUUCGACAUUUCGCUGCGCUUCACUCACCUCUUCUGGUUCGGGGACCUCAACUACCGCCUGGAUAUGGACAUCCAGGAGAUCCUCAACUACAUCAGCAGGAAGGAGUUUGAGCCCCUGCUCAGGGUGGACCAGCUCAACCUGGAACGGGAGAAGCACAAAGUGUUCCUGCGUUUCAGUGAGGAGGAGAUCUCCUUCCCACCCACCUACCGAUAUGAGCGAGGCUCCCGAGACACAUAUGCCUGGCACAAGCAGAAGCCAACCGGGGUCCGGACCAACGUGCCUUCAUGGUGUGACCGCAUUCUCUGGAAAUCCUAUCCCGAGACACACAUCAUCUGCAAUUCCUAUGGUUGCACUGAUGACAUUGUCACCAGCGACCAUUCUCCCGUGUUCGCAGCCUUUGAGGUUGGAGUCACCUCGCAGUUCAUCUCCAAGAAAGGGCUCUCAAAAACUUCAGAUCAGGCCUACAUCGAGUUUGAAAGCAUCGAGGCCAUUGUGAAGACAGCCAGCCGCACCAAGUUCUUCAUUGAGUUCUACUCCACCUGCCUAGAGGAGUACAAGAAGAGCUUUGAGAAUGAUGCACAGAGCAGUGAUAAUAUCAACUUCCUCAAGGUGCAGUGGUCCUCACGCCAGCUACCCACGCUCAAGCCAAUUCUGGCUGACAUCGAGUACCUCCAGGACCAGCACCUCCUGCUCACUGUCAAGUCCAUGGAUGGCUACGAAUCCUACGGGGAGUGCGUGGUGGCACUCAAGUCCAUGAUUGGCAGCACAGCCCAGCAGUUCCUCACCUUCCUGUCGCAUCGCGGAGAGGAGACUGGCAACAUCCGCGGCUCCAUGAAGGUGCGGGUGCCCACAGAACGCCUGGGCACCCGUGAGCGGCUCUACGAGUGGAUCAGCAUUGAUAAGGAUGAGGCUGGAGCAAAGAGCAAAGUCCCUUCUGUGUCAGCCAGGGACAGAGGCAGCCAGGAGCCCAGGUCAGCGAGCCGCAAACUAGCCCCUGGAGAUACUGCCUGCCCACUCUCCAAGCUAUUUGAAGAACCAGAACGACCACCACCAACUGGGAGGCCCCCUGCCCCACCUCGAGCAGCAGCUCCCCGGGAGGAGCCCUUAACCCCCAGGUCCAAGCCAGAGGGGGCUCCAGAGCCAGAAGGCAUGGUAGCCCCUCCACCUAAGAACAGCUUCAAUAACCCUGCCUACUACGUCCUUGAAGGGGUCCCACAUCAGCUGUUGCCCCCAGAGGCACCCUCACCUUCCAGGGCACCUGCCCCACCUGCUACCAAGAACAAAGUGGCCAUCACUGUGCCUGCACCACAGCUGGGGCGCCACCGGACGCCCCGUGUGGGAGAGGGGAGCUCAUCUGAUGAGGAAUCUGGGGGCACACUGCCCCCUCCAGACUUUCCGCCCCCACCCCUGCCAGACUCAGCUAUUUUCCUGCCCCCCAACCUAGAUCCUUUGUCAGGGCCAAUGGUGCGGGCCCGCAUUGGGGGUGAGGCCCGUGGCCCACCACCUCCCAAGGCCCACCCGAGACCCCCACUGCCUCCAGGCCCCUCUGGAGGCAGCGCUUUCCUGGGGGAAGUUGCUAUCGGGGAUGAUCGCUCCUGCUCAGUGCUGCAGAUGGCCAAGACACUGAGUGAGGUGGACUAUGGCGCCUCAGGGUCCACCCGCUCUGUGCUCCUGCCCGGAGACCUGCAGCCCUCCCGGGUGCUGCCGUCAGACUAUGGCCGGCCCCUCAGCUUCCCUCCACCUCGCAUCCGAGAGAGUAUCCAGGAGGACCUGGCAGAGGAGGCUCCAUGCCCGCAGGGUGGGCGGGCCGGCGGGCUGGGCGAGGCAGGCAUGGGUGCCUGGCUGCGGGCCAUCGGCUUGGAGCGCUAUGAGGAGGGCCUGGUGCACAAUGGCUGGGACGACCUGGAGUUUCUCAGCGACAUCACGGAGGAGGACCUGGAGGAGGCUGGGGUGCAGGACCCGGCCCACAAGCGCCUCCUUCUGGACACCCUGCAGCUCAGCAAGUGAUCGGAGUGGCGCUGCGCAGCGUGCUGGGAGCCCCGCCCUCUAUACUAAAGCCCCAAAAGAUCCCCGGGGUGGAAAAAUUUUGAGUGGUGGGGCGGAACCUUUGCUUAUUUAUUGGGGAUCGGUGAUCCCUAUGGCCUGACCAUUUGAAGUGCCCUACAUAGGAUGUCCUGUUCCUAAUCUCUUACAUCCAGGGCUCCUGAGGUUGGUUGCUUGGUCUGCUCUCAAUUUCUGGUCCCCUCUUCUAGUGCCUGGGGUUCCUGUGGGCCCCCUCUGGGCCAGAACCACAGUUGGGGAGGGGCCCUACAAGGACCUCUCCCGACCCCCGCUCUGGGGGGUGUCAGUCCGGAAAUGAAGGAAUAGCCCAAAGACUGGGCUGGGGUUUAUUUAAGCUCUU